GAAUUAUACAAUUAAAAUGAGACACAAAUAUAUUGAUUUAACCGCAAGCUAUUCAUCGUCGUCUUCCACUGACAGAAAUGAUUUUUAUGUACGAAGUCACUUCAGAUGGCAGAGCAUCAAGAAGUUUAUAUACGUAGCGCAUGCGUUCUCAACGACGAGUUUCAGUUUCGACAUGUUUUCUAAAGUCCUCGCUGUCCAUGUUCACUUAUUCGAAUAUAUAUUGUACGCAAUAUUUAUAGGAGUUAGCUACAUGUUUAUGGAUUUCUUUAUAAAACAAUACACGAGGAGGCUAGAUACGAAUAAAAAUUUGAAUCCGCUAAUGAAAGGCGUAUCGUUUGGUAUACUCUUGCAGACAGCGUUUUGGGCUUUAUUGCACGCUAGUGAUUUAGCGGAUUCCUUAAGAUUUUUUUUGGUCAGUAUGAACAGGACUCCGACGUGGUCGAGGUGUCAAAAAAUCAACACGAACGUGACUUGUAUGUCCUCCCAAGACGUGUUAUUGCAUUGUCGUGAGAAAGUUAUGGUUGACAUAAAAAUAACAUCUGCACAUCUAAAUUAUAUGAAGUUAUUUUCAAACAUCGAUAAGAACAGCUUGUCGAUGCGUCUCUUCGUGAUAGCUAUCGUAUGGAUUGGUAACUUUUUUAUCGCGACCGUCACCGACAAUGCACUUUUAAUGAUUUUUAAAUUCUCCUUCCUGUGGGGGACGUUUUCUACAGCUUUUAUAUUAGUUUUUUUAUUAUUUUCGACGCAGUACACGUCUAAGGCUUUCUAUGAUUUAAUGGAUAUACAAGACGUAUUCCGUCACAACGCUUUCAAUUUGGUGACGGAUCCUUUUGGUGUUGGAUUAAUAGGGGUUUAUGAUUUUGGAAUGAUGUCCCCAUUCACGAUGGUUGACAACGCCGUACUUAUAUUCGCGUUUGUCUUCAUAGUAACUUCAUUUGCUCGAUCUUUAAUAAUUCGAGUGCUUUAUUUGAUGCUAACGAAUUGCGUCGAUGUGAAUAUAACAGAGUCACCUCACUAUCUACUAUUUGCAAUACUGCCGCUGAGCACGGAAUUCAUGGACGCCCAUAAAAUAUUUGUGCUUUAUAUAUAUUCGUAUCUGACGGCUGCAUUAGUUGCUUGUUUGGCAAUGUUCACAACAAUUAUCGCGAGACUCUUGCACAGCGAAUAUCGCGCCGUGAAGAAUAUUUACAUCGUCGGCUUGUUAUGUUUUUUGGGCUUCAAUCUAUCUAUCGCUGUGACUCUCUUGACGACACAGAAAAUUAUGGGCAUCAUGUACGGACUGAACACAUGCAGUCUAUACUUGGGUGGUAUGAAGGUAGCUAUUGUGAUGUGGCUGUAUGGAGUUCAAAGAUACUCGACCGAUAUACACUUCUGGCUUGGUUUUAAGCCUACGCAAUUUUGGAAGUGUAUUUGGGUGAUGUUGCCAAUUGUUAUAUGGACAGCUGUUUUCAAUAAACUGAAGGACAUGAAUGCGUUAAAGGACGCAUCGCAAAAGAUUGUGGCUUUGUUAUGGAUGUUCUUAACCCUCAUUACAGUUGUCGUUAUUCAAGCAAAAGUGAUAGCUAAGUAUAUCUUGCAAAAUAAUAUAGUAGGAGUUUUUAGAAGUAACUUUAAGUAUGGACCUCCCGAAAUAGAUGAUCGUAAGAAGAGAAGAAAUUUCGAUGAGAUUACACAGAGCAGACAAUGUCGACACGAUUGUAUGAUUUUAGAUGAUAAAUACGAAUGCAAUCACCUACCACUUAUAUUCAGGAGCAGAUCAAGCCUUCCUAGUGCAGAAUCAUCGCUUACAAAUAUUUACGAAGACUCCUCGAAGCCUAAGAAAACUUCAAGUGUCUUAGAUGUUUCUGUAAUGAAUAUGAAUUAGAUAUGUCGAUUCUAUGUUUAAAUAAAAUAUAACUGUUA